CAACAUGGCGCCGUCCACGCCGCUCUUGACAGUCCGAGGAUCAGAAGGACUGUACAUGGUGAAUGGACCACCACAUUUUACAGAAAGCACAGUGUUUCCAAGGGAAUCUGGAAAGAAUUGCAAAGUCUAUACCUUUAGUAAGGAUGGGACCUUGUUUGCCUGGGGCAAUGGAGAAAAAGUAAAUAUUAUCAGUGUCACUAACAAGGGGCUACUGCACUCCUUCGACCUCCCAAAGGCAGUUUGCCUUGAAUUCUCGCCCAAAAAUACUGUCCUGGCAACGUGGCAGCCUUAUACUAGUAAGUAUUUUCUCAGUGUAAAAAUACUCUGGUGUCCAUCCUGGUCAGAAGAUGAAACUCUUUGUGCCCGCAAUGUUAACAAUGAAGUUCACUUCUUUGAAAACAACAAUUUUAACACAAUUGCAAAUAAAUUGCAUUUGCAAAAAAUUAAUGAUUUUGUAUUAUCACCUGGACCCCAACCAUACAAGGUGGCUGUCUAUGUUCCAGGAAGUAAAGGUGCACCUUCAUUUGUUAGAUUAUAUCAGUACCCCAACUUUGCUGGACCUCAUGCAGCUUUAGCUAAUAAAAGUUUCUUUAAGGCAGAUAAAGUUACAAUGCUGUGGAAUAAAAAAGCUACUGCUGUGUUGGUAAUAGCUAGCACAGAAGUUGACAAGACAGGAGCUUCCUACUAUGGAGAGCAAACUCUGCACUAUAUUGCAACAAAUGGCGAAAGUGCUGUAGUGCAAUUACCAAAAAAUGGCCCCAUUUAUGAUGUAGUUUGGAAUUCUAGUUCUACUGAGUUUUGUGCUGUAUAUGGUUUUAUGCCUGCCAAAGCGACAAUUUUCAACUUGAGAUGUGAUCCUGUAUUUGACUUUGGAACUGGUCCUCGUAAUGCAGCCUACUAUAGCCCUCAUGGACAUAUAUUAGUAUUAGCUGGAUUUGGAAAUCUGAGAGGACAAAUGGAAGUGUGGGAUGUGAAAAACUACAAACUUAUUUCUAAACCAGUGGCUUCUGAUUCUACAUAUUUUGCUUGGUGCCCAGAUGGUGAGCAUAUUUUAACAGCUACAUGUGCUCCCAGGUUACGGGUUAAUAAUGGAUACAAAAUUUGGCACUAUACUGGCUCUAUCUUGCACAAGUAUGAUGUGCCAUCAAAUGCAGAAUUAUGGCAGGUUUCUUGGCAGCCAUUUUUGGAUGGAGUAUUUCCAGCAAAAACAAUAACUUACCAAGCAGUUCCAAGUGAAGUACCCAGUGAGGAACCUAAAGUUGCAACAGCUUAUAGACCCCCAGCUUUAAGAAAUAAACCAAUCACCAAUUCCAAAUUGCAUGAAGAGGAACCACCUCAGAAUAUGAAAUCACAAUCAGGAAAUGAUAAGCCAUUAUCAAAAACAGCUCUUAAAAAUCAAAGGAAGCAUGAAGCUAAGAAAGCCGCAAAGCAGGAAGCAAGAAGUGACAAGAGUCCAGAUUUGGCACCUACUCCUGCCCCACAGAGCACACCACGAAACACUAUCUCUCAGUCAAUUUCUGGGGACCCUGAGAUAGACAAAAAAAUCAAGAACCUAAAGAAGAAACUGAAAGCAAUUGAACAACUGAAAGAACAAGCAGCAACUGGAAAACAGCUAGAAAAAAAUCAGUUGGAGAAAAUUCAGAAAGAAACAGCCCUUCUCCAGGAGCUGGAAGAUUUGGAAUUGGGUAUUUAAAGAUUCACAGAAAGCAAGUUGAUGACCAGAAAUCAGUGCGAACACAUCUUCUGUUAAACCCAUUGGUAUACACAGAAUAUUCCUGUUCCCACACUUAAUGUCAAUCUAUAAUUUUAACCACUUAUCUAAGAUUCUACAUAAGUAAAAUUAUUUAAUAAUGUCUAUUGAAUUGAUAUUUAUAUCUUGCAUCCUAUAUCAUGUCAAUAUGUGAUAUAGAAAAGAGAUACAUGAAUUUUUUAGCUAAGCUUGACAGAUUGAAAGACAAGUGUCAUUUUUUUGUGGAGUGUGAUAUAUACCAUAUAAGUGAAUAAAGACAUUUUAAAUUUAA